AUGGAAGACCUCCCAAUGGAUGACAGUCCUGCCAAGCCACACCAGCCACACCAGCCCUUUGAUUACUCCGGGUUUACUUCUUUUGAUACUGCAGACCCCCAGCUGGGGGAAAUUGAGCAUAGCACAGACGACUCGGGACCCUCAACGCCUACCCAGGAUACGCAUCCGUUCGACGAUAGUAAUGAUAACAUUCGAGUUAUCAAGCCCUAUGAUAUUGAAGAACCCGACGAUGAGUUAGAAUCUAGCGUGCAAAAGGUAGAUCGAUUGUGUCUACCAGAUCGGUUCGAACGAUGGCAGCGUGACUUGACAGACUACCUCGAUGACAUGGACGAUCAACCAGUUGGGUCUAAUCGCAAUGCAAUCCGCCCAAUGCGAAAGAGAGGACAGAAGAGAAAGCCAGCCUACAGCACUCUCGCUACACAGCAGUACAAUCCGCCCUUCAAACAAAGAUACGCAUCGGCCGAGACCCAGCCUCAAGUGGAUGAGCACCCCCCAAAAAGCGAAGGCGCGAAUAAAAGCUCAAGUUCCGAUUCCGAGACACAAUCAAUGGACCUGAGUGGCAACGAGACCGGGAACAACUCACCCAUGGCCGAUGAGAUGGAUCUCGAUUGA